AUGUCGGCAGCCAAGUGGCUUGCUGCCAUCUGCGGCAUCAUUGCAGCGGCGCUGCUGCUACUGUACUAUAUUCUGCUGUCCAGACUGACGGCGAAGAAAAAGAAGAAGGGCAAGAAGAAGAAGGAAGAGCCUGAUACACAGGAGCCGGCCAGAAAUGAGAGCCUUCCCAAGGGAGGCCGACGGAAGGUGGCAGGCGAGCUACCCAAAGACCUACCUAGCACGAAGGAAGCGAUUGCCAAGCAUCUCGGACGGGGGCCUGAAGUCUUGGAGAUGGAGGCGCUCCUGAAGCGCGAUGCUCUGCACGUCUUCCGGCGGCUUGAGGCGGCCUCGGCCGAGGAGGGGCAGCUCUAA